UGUAUCCGUGUGUACUUUCUCCCCCUCAACCAGAGCAUGGGCUGAGUGGAAGAAAUGGGAAGAUGGGGUCAGACAGGGAGCCUGGGGAGGGGCGAUGGUGCCAAGCCAGUUGUGGGGGAGACUGGAGAAGCCGCUUCUCUUCCUGUGCUGUGCCUCCUUCCUCCUGGGGCUCACUUUGCUGGGCAUACAGCCAGACAUCACCCCCGUUGCUUAUUUCUUUCUCGCCUUGGGUGGCUUCUUUUUGUUUGUCUGCCUCGUGGCCUGUUCUCUGGAAUGGGGAUUCCGAUCAAUGCAGACGGAGAACCCAGGGGCCUCGGGCAAUGCACGCGACAAUGAAGCCUUUGAGGUGCCAACCUACGAAGAAGCUGUGGUGCUGGAAUCACAAUGCCGCCCCCAGCAGCUGGAUCAACCACCCCCCUACAGCAGUGUUGUAAUCCCUCCAGGACUUGAGGAAGGACAGCCCGGCCAUCCAGACAGCCCCGACAGAGCCAGACUAGGAAGGCGAGUGGGCUCAGAGGGGUCUGUGACUGGAAGAGUUCCAGUCAGCCUCCGACUUAGGGGACCCCGGGUCAUGUCCACUGCUCCUGAUCUGCAGAGUUUGGGGGUGCACCCCACGCUGGAGCCUCUUACUCCACCCCCCGCCUAUGAUGUCAUCUUUGAUCAACCAGAUGAUGAUGAUGUUUUCUUUGAAAACAACUGGACACCCCCCUAAAAGACUUUCCCACGAUAUAUUAUCAUCUCUGCACCAGACCCAUUCAUGCAUUUGAACCAACAUUUUCCAGUUCCUGCUUUGUGUCAGGAACUGUGCUUCUGCGUGGGGAAAUGAACACAGAGCGGAGUCAGGCUACCAUAAGCCUUUUCCAGCGGGCAUGUGUGUGGCACAAUUUGAGUAUUCAGGUAAUGUUCAGUGACCUACCCCGUAUCCGGUAUUUCCAGAGUUAAAUGGAGGGUGAGAGGAGUGAUCCAGAGAAUCUGGAGAAGAAAAGAAACAUCUGAGUGACAAUUUUGUUGUUUCUUUUCUGGGUGCUUCUCUCUACCAGCUCAGUUAUGCUUUCCAGCCAUGAGAUGUCAAUACCCUUAUUGGAAAAAUGAGGGUUCCAAGGGACAGUGAAGUUUAAGAACUUGCACAGGGCACACUGCUAGUGAACAGCAUAAAAAUUAUUUAAACUCGACUCUUCUGAUCCCAAAUCCUUUUGUAUUUUCAAAUACAAGGUCACCCACAAAUCUCUCAGUCUUUACCUUGGA